AUGACAAUUAGCAAAGCACAAGAAGAGUUACAUCCUUUAAAUAAAGACUCUCUUAUGAAACACAUGAUGCGUGCUAAUUACCUGGCUGGUGUAUUUCAUCACUAUUUGGAGCAAAUACCAGAAAUUUCUCCAAAUGGAAUGGAACUUAAAGAAAUCCUCCAGGCCUAUGCUGAUGACAUUGCUCUUAUUGCAGAACCUAUAGUAGAAUUGGAGAAGAAAUUCCAGAACCGAAACGGAUUUGCCAAAUUUGGGGUCCUGAAAAAACCAAUUUUUAUCAAUGUCAUCAGAAAACCAUUAGACCGAUUGAUAUCUUACUAUUAUUUUGUGAGGAACGGCGAUGACUUCCGGCCAUACCUUAAACGGAAAAAAGCAGGAAAUAAACAAACAUUUGAUGAAUGUGUAGAAGAAAAUGGUGAGGACUGUGAUCCUAACAACCUCUGGAUGCAGAUACCUUUCUUCUGUGGUCAUGCUGCUGAGUGUUGGGUACCAGGUUACCGCUGGGCUCUUGAACAAGCUAAAUACAACCUUGUAAAUAACUAUCUUGUGGUUGGCGUCACUGAAGAAUUAGGGGACUUUGUUGCCAUACUUGAGGCUACACUACCUCGGUUUUUCAAAGGAGCUGUAGAUCUCUAUAACUCAGGUCACAAAUCGCAUUUACGGAAAACUUCCAACAAAAUUCCUCCAAAAGAAUCAUCUUUAUUGAAAAUACAGCAAUCAAAAGUUUGGAAAAUGGAACAAGAAUUUUAUGAUUUUGCAGUUGAGCAAUUCCAUUUUAUCAAACAGCUUACUUUUGAUUUGGUUGAUGGUGAAUAUAUAGAGAAAGGUUAUCAAUUUAUAUAUGAGAAAAUCCGGCCAAGGUGAAGCUGAUGUCGGACAGAGAAUAGGUGUCAUUCCAGGUUAGAAUGAAUUGAGAAGUGAAAUUCCAACUCUUCCCCAUUCAUCCCCACCCAUUUCCUCUACAGAAUAGGCAGACAUACAUGCAUACACAUAUAUAGUGGCCAUUAUUUGAAUCUUGGUAGCAACUAUUGCCAGCCAUUAGGAUAGAUCCUUCUCUCUCAAAUAACCUACACAUUUGAAGUAGCCAUUUCCUGUGAAGUUUGCAACACUUAACUUGCUAUCAUUACAUCAGUUAUGUAUGCAUUAGAAGCAACCUUUAUUUUUUAAGAUAGCAACAACUCUCUCUCUCUCUCUCACUCACACACACACACACACACACACACACACACACAUACACACUACAAAGCACUUUCUGAACCUAUGCCUUCUAAAUGCUGUUGCCAAAAUCACUGUUGCAUCAACACUUACCUUGAUUUAUUUCUACCACUACAACCUACAUCUCCAAUAUAACAGUACAGGUCUUGAUUAUUUUACUUUAGCUUGCAUUUUUCUGCUACCAUUGUCACCAACACAUGAUACUAUGAAAAUACUAUUCCAAUCCCUCACAUACUUGCUGGUCUUAUUAUAAGCAUUAAUGCUUUCACUGUUAGAAACAUCAACCCUAAUCUUGCUGCUGCUACUAUUACUGUUGCUACUAUCAUUCUCACCCAAAUGAUAAACAUAACACAGUUUAUCCUUACAUUAACAAUCACUUGAUAGAAAUAUGUAGUUAUCAAUUUUGAUCCAUAUCACCACCUUAUAAAAACCACUAGAUAAAUAAAGGAUCUAAAGAAAUAAAUUUGAAAUAACACCCUUUAACGAUGGCACCUACCCUUAUUCCUUACACCACCUCCACAACUUUCUUUCCUUGUUAGGAAAAAAAAAACAUUGUUUUCCUGUGUGAAAUUCAAGAAAUCAGAACUAUGGUAAUGAAAUGUUCUCCUAUGGAGACAAGCUUUUAUUAUUAUUAUUAUUAUUAUUAUUAUUAUUAUUAUUAUUAUUAUUAUUAUUGUUGUUUCUUUUUUUCUUUUCCUUCUGCAAAAAUAUAUAUAUAAAUAAAUCAAAAUGAAAGAAAAAUAGGGAGAAAAAAGACUUAUAAGGAAAAGAAAAGAAUAAGAAAAACUUAUGGGAGUAUUUUAUUAACAUGUUUUAAUAAAAGAUAUGAACCAAAACCGUUGUAUGUUUAAUGGGUGAAAUGGGCAAGGUAAGAAAGAGAAAAUAAACUUUAUUUCCCUUGAAGACAUAAAUAAAUGUCUUUUAUUAAGAAAGGUUAAAAAUUAAAGUGGUUUCAUUUUUAUUGUUA